UCCGCCGGAGGACGCCGCGCAAGGGCUGCGGCGCGCCGCUGAUUGAACUGAUGGGAGCGAGUUCUUUUCUUCUCCGCGACCACGCAUGCGGAGCCACCUGGGUCCCGGCUGGCUCGACCGUGGCACCGGGGGAGGGAAUCCGAGAACGGUCCCGGGCCACCGCCGUGGAAAUUUCCAAGGACUUGGCACUGUCUGGAGAGCGCGUCUAAACCGGGUGCCCGGCGGCGCGGGAGGCGGGGAGGGGGGAGAGCGCUGCGAAAGGUGCUGGAGCGUCUCACGGAGGGGAACGUCGCAUGCGGGCCACAUGUCUGCGAAGGAACCGCGCCUAUUCCCGGACCUCAGCCCAGGGCGAAGGUGAUGCUGGUCCACCGCCGCUCUCCAGGGAGCCCCCCCGCCCCGCGUGCCCGGACACCUCCUGCAGGGAAAAAGCGACCAUGGCUCUAGCUCGUGAUUUGCCUGGAGGUGACUUCGCCUAAAAAGAAAUCCUUGACAAAGUUGCUUCUUGGAAAGAUUUUCUUUUUUUUGUGCUGACCUCUGGGAGCCUUGGGGUAGGGUCGAAGCAGCAACAGCAGCCUCGUGCAUGCUUGUGCAUGCAUAUGUGCAAACAAGAAAGAAAGGUGUGUGUUUGUGUGUGCAUGGGGGGCCGGCCGGCGGGGUGACCCUCUGCUGCCAGUUCACCUGGCGUCGUGCUGAGCUUUCGGCCACCCCCAACACCACCCCUGGACGCCUGGGAGGCGAUGAGCCCCUGCGGGCUGGUCCGGAGACACGCGUCCAGAGGGGCCAUGGCCGUGCUGGCGUGGAAGUUCCCGCGGACCCGGCUCCCCGUGGGAGCCAGUGCCCUCUGCGUGGUGAUCUUGUGCUGGCUCUACAUCUUCCCGGUCUACCGACUGCCCGACGAGAAGGAGAUCGUGCAGGGGGUGCUGCAACAGGGCACGACGUGGAGAAGGAACCAGACAGCUGCCGGCGUGUUCAGGAAGCAGAUGGAAGACUGCUGUGACCCUGCCCAUCUCUUCGCUAUGACUAAGAUGAAUUCCCCCAUGGGAAAGAGCCUGUGGUAUGACGGGGAGAUUUUAUAUUCGUUCACCAUUGACAAUGCCACAUAUUCCCUCUUCCCGCAGGCAACCCCGUUCCAGCUGCCAUUAAAGAAAUGCGCGGUGGUGGGAAACGGUGGGAUUCUGAAGAAGAGUGGCUGUGGCCGGCACAUAGAUGAAGCCGAUUUUGUUAUGCGGUGCAAUCUACCACCCUUGUCAAGUGAGUACACCAGAGAUGUUGGAUCCAAAAGUCAUUUGGUGACAGCUAAUCCCAGCAUAAUUCGGCAGAGGUUUCAGAACCUGCUGUGGUCCCGAAAGACAUUUGUAGACAGCAUGAAAGUCUAUAACCACAGUUACAUCUACAUGCCUGCCUUUUCUAUGAAGACGGGGACGGAGCCAUCGCUGCGUGUGUAUUAUACACUGUCAGACGUUGGUGCCAAUCAAACAGUGCUGUUUGCAAACCCCAACUUUCUGCGUAGCAUUGGAAAGUUCUGGAAAAGUAGGGGCAUCCAUGCCAAGCGCUUGUCUACAGGACUCUUUCUGGUGAGUGCAGCCUUGGGGCUCUGUGAAGAGGUAUCCAUCUACGGCUUCUGGCCCUUCUCAGUGAAUAUGCAGGAGCAGCCCAUCAGCCAUCAUUACUACGACAACGUCCUGCCCUUCUCGGGCUUCCAUGCCAUGCCGGAGGAAUUUCUCCAGCUCUGGUACCUUCAUAAGGUUGGUGCACUAAGAAUGCAGCUAGACCCAUGUGAGGAGCCAUUGCUGCAGCCCACUUCCUAGGGACCGUGGAAGGAAACAGGACUGGGCGAUGUAUUUUUGAUAGGUUUCCUAUGUGACCCCCAAGGGUACAUGGAUUAGCAUAGACACUUUGGAAGGAUAAGCAAAAUGACAACACCCACUCAAGCAAAACUUCCUUUUGGUGUUGGCUUGGAGGACAAGAAAUGAAAUGUCCCGGGAAACAUUAUGUAGCAACGCGAUGGAUCCUCAGUGAGUAAAAAUGCCAAUGUGAUGGUGUUGGAAUCGCACCUGUUUGUGGUUCGGAUCUAGAGGGCACUGCUCUAGGGAAUGAAGAACUCCAGCGGUCAAAGGCUCUGUGGUUUCAACUCAUCGUGGUAUCCAGGAAAUUCUGGGGCAGACGUGUUACCGUAUGUUCACACAAACUGACAUAAUGACAGUUUUAAAAGAGCUGUCUUAUUAGGACUGGCAUUUGAACUGUCUUUUUUUUUUAAAGAUUACUAUUUAUUUUUUGCCCUACUUAAGGGCAGCGGGUGGAUGUUGGGGUAGAUUUAAAAAACAAAUCCCUACUGUUAGUUAUUGUGAUUUGUUGACACAAUUCUGUAUUAACUCUUGUCCUCAUCCAUUUCUACAAAUUUAAACAUGAAUUGCUUCUAACCCUUUCUGUCAGGUCUACCUAGACAAUGUGAAGUAUUGUUGAAUUUAGACUGUAUUGAUUCAUAGUCUGGACGUCAUGAGCCACUCCCCUCCUCAGAAAUUUAGAACAUAAACUCAGCUUUUGGUCUGCAUCAUGUAAGCCUGUUGGCACUGUGGCUAUUACUUUAGUGUGAAAAGACUACAGUGUGAGUGCAUCACUUGUUUGUAAAAUGACAAAGUCGUCUUCCAUCAUUUAAUGUUCAGAGAUAAGAUACAGCACAAUAAUAGCUUAGUCUCUGCAGAAAUGAGAGGCCAAGCCAGGCAUGGUGGCGCACGCCUUUAAUCCCAGCACUCGGGAGGCAGGGGUAGGAGGAUCGCCAUGAGUUCAAGGCCACCCUGAGACCCCAUAGUGAAUUCCAAGUCAGCCUGGACUAGCGUGAGACAUUACUUCCAAAACUUCAAAAGAGAGAGAAACAAGAAGGUGGGCCCCUUUCCUGCCUAACAUGGUAUAUAUUCCAAGAUAAAUCAUGCCUACACACACACACAUGCAUUUAGACAUGAGCCUACUGUCAGAUGCCGUAUGAAGUGCACAGUGACCAUUGUCGUAACUAUCAAAGACUGACGUAGUCAGUUUUGGAAUGCCGCCAGCACAUCAUGUCGUAUCCGUUGCGUGUUGACAUGAGACAAGCCAGCCUGUGAGUUGCUGCAUGUACAUGUGCACACCAGCGAGAGAUGCGCAUCGUGCUCUCAAGUGCUCAAUCCAGACUGACCAGAAGUGUCAAGUUCGUUGGGAAUCCCGCCAGCAUCCCACGAAUAGGCCCUGUGUUCGUUAGCAUAACCACACGAGGCGUGGUGCGUGCCAGCUAGCGCACCCGGGUCAGAAGCGGUUGGUUUUCCCAGCAUCAGGCAAGACUGCAUCAGCAGCUUGUUACAGCAGCUUUCACAGCCAGUAAGAAAACUCCCCUGCUGGCUUUACAAGCAGCCACUGGACAGAAGAGGGGGAGAAAGGAACUUCUCCCGCCACCUCUGGGCUUUGGGAUGUGUUCAGCUGGAGGAAGGCACCAGCGCUCCCCGUUGUUUCUGCUGUUGCCAAGGUGAAGGUAAACUCCAGUGAGGAAGGAGCUCCUCAGUUUAGAAGGCGGAAGUGCGAAGCAUGCGUGUACAUUGAAACAAGGGCAUCUUCUCGACAAAAUAACCGCGAUGACAAGUUGGUUGGGAGAAUUUUACGCUGUUGAAACAGGGAAUUGCUAAAUGUGAUUAAAUCUUGAGGUUAUGAUAGAAAUUAGCAUUAACACUAUGACGGGUUGGCCUAAGACUGACUAUUGAUGUUUCGGAGUGAAGAGUGAGAGGUUCAGACCCGUGCACAGCUGGUGCUGUUCUUGUUCGGCAGCAACAAUGUAACAGGAAGGUAGGGUGAGUCGCUGUGGUAAGUAGUCCUUUAUGGGAAGCCCUGAAUAUAUUCCUCUCUUAAACUGUUAUUAAGAAUUACAUGCAAAGGCAAUACAUUUUACAGUAAUUUCAUUCAGAAAGCUAAGAAAAAACACACAAAAACAUUAAAUAAGCACUCAAAAUGAGUGCAUUAAUUAUUAAAAUUUAAAUAACAAGCUCAUAAAAUCCGUAUGUCAUAGACGUAUUGAAAAUGCCAUCUGUGCGUUUUAAAUUUUAUUGCAGUUCCUGGGGCAGAUCUAUGCAAUAGACUUGUAUAAAGUUUAGUCUGUGCAGUUGCAGACCCAUUCUAGACAGCUUCUGAAAUGCAAAGCAGGCCUGACCAGCAGUGGGAAGGUUUGGUUAGACUUGUGCUCAUCAACUAGGGCGAUUCCCCUCCCCGCAGCAAUGUCUGGGACUGCUUCUCAUGGUCUGUUAUGUCUGAAGGAUGCUCCCAGCACAUGGUGGUAGCAGCCACGGAUAGUGAUGAGAAUCCCACAGUGCGCAGACCAGCCACUCCCAACACAGUAUGACCCAGUGUAGAGGGUUAACAGUGUUCAGGUUCAGAAAGCCCAGGCUUGACGAGAAGGACAGUUUGUCUUGCGUCUUCAUACACUAUUUCCAUCACUCAAGAUGCGGAGGCCUUUAAUAUAAUGUCUUCUAAGGUAGAGUACAGAUUGGCAUAAUGGUUUCGUGAUAACUCAUAGGUAUGUCCCAUGUGCUCAUUCACAGAAUGUACCUGAGCAAGAAGUGUGAAUAUGUAGACACUUGUGGGUGUGCAUGUGUGUGUGUGUGUGUGUAACAUGAUGCUAUAUACAUCCCUAUCAUUAGUAAAAGUAAUGACCUAUCUAGAAUCAUAAUGUAGAAUAUGCUGGAAUAUUCCAUUAUAAAGAAGUUGAAUUCUAA